CUCUCUCACCUUUUUUUUUUUUCAUCAUUUCUAUUUUCAUUCUUUACCCUUUUAUCAUUCAAAUUUUCAAAUAGAGUUAUGGUGUUUAGGAUUUUAUUUUUUAUUUUUAUUUAUUUAUUAUUUUUGACAAGUUUUUGAAUAUGUAUUGCAUUUAAAGGUUACAAGAACAUUUAUAUGUGUGUGUGUGUUUUGUUUUUUUUCCUUCACUCCAUAUUGUGAAAUGUGAAGCCUUAAAUGCUCUAUGAUUUGAUUAUUUCAAGUAGCAUACUCUGACCAUUUCUUUUGCCUAUUUUCUCUCAAAAUAUAUAAAACAGAAUCACACCCAAAAUCUGAUUUUACUCCUUCCAUUUUUCUCUGACUUCUUCAUGGAGAUUUUUAGGUGGAAACCAUUGCUUAGCUCCUCUCUCCUAUGGAUAUACUGGUCAUAAAAGCACCAAAGAAAUCUCCACUGUUGUUAAGAACUGUGGUUUUGCUUUUUGCUAUGGUUUGUGGAGUAUAUAUUUGCUCAAUUUGUCUAAAGCAAACAAGCAUCAUGGAAAAAACUAAAUUUCUAAACAUCAGAGUGUUUGACCAGCCUUGUCGUAAGCCCCCAAUUGAAGAAUGGGAAAUCCAAUAUGUGCAUUUCCCAAAACCCAAUUCCUUUGGCAGGGAGGAAUGUGCCUGCAAUCCGGUCCGGUACUUUGCCAUCUUGUCGAUGCAGAGAUCCGGGAGUGGAUGGUUUGAGACAUUGUUGAAUAGUCAUAUGAAUGUGAGCUCGAAUGGAGAAAUCUUCUCUGUCAAAGAGAGGAGGACGAAUGUUUCGACCAUUUUGAAUACAAUGGAUAAAUUAUAUAAUCUUGAUUGGAUGAGUAGUGCCUCCAAGAAUGAGUGCUCGGCUGCCGUUGGGUUCAAAUGGAUGCUUAAUCAGGGACUGAUGGCUCAUCACAAAGAGAUAGUAGAGUACUUCAAUAAAAGAGGUGUGUCUGCAAUAUUUCUCUUGCGAAGGAAUCUUCUGCGUAGAAUGAUUUCUCUGCUUGCUAAUUCAUAUGACACCAAUGCUAAGCUAUUGAAUGGAACCCACAAGUCUCAUGUGCAUUCAUCAAAGGAGGCUCAAAUACUUGCUAAGUACAAGCCUAGCAUUAACGCCACAUUACUUUUACCGAAUCUAAAGGAAGCGGAGGAGAUGACUGCUAAAGCUAUAGAAUACUUUAAAAGCACUCGCCAUAUCGUUCUUUACUAUGAGGAUAUUGUCAGCAACCACACUAAACUUGUGGAUGUUCAAGAGUUCAUGCGAGUACCAUAUAGAAACCUUAGUAGCCGUCAAGUUAAGAUACAUAAAGGCCCCUUAUCAGAACACGUUGAUAAUUGGGAUGAUAUCUGGAAAGCGCUUAAUGGAACCUCAUUUGAGAGGUUCCUCCAUGCAGACUACAAAUUGUAGUUUCAGCAAUACACAAAUUGAUGUAGAUAGCAGCCUCUGAAUCAGAUUUUGCUCAAGUGAAGUUGUAGCCUUUGCAACUUAUUGCUCACAUCCCCCUAUUUCCUGGGCCGGCCGAUCACGGUGAGUGCAAACAAUUUGGCUGCUGGGAAAACAACCUGAUGCUGCCAUAUUUACCUUCUAUUUUUUCACUAAUUUAUUAAAUUUAAUUGAAUCUCAUUUUCUUCACGUACCGGUUCAGGUGUAUCCGUGUACAUUUUUGUUUACCAAUGUGAUUCAUUGGUUAUUCUUGAGUUACAAUAUAAAUUCAGUUUCAAGCAGUGGUGUAUAUUGGUUUACUGAUGGUAGUUCUUAAUCAUGUCCUAACAUUUUCUGGUA